ACAACCUUUGUCGAUCCAGCUCCAACACCCACACCAAAAGUUGGGAGAUCUGUGUUUUCCAGCACUACCAUCUGCUCCUCCGUGCUACUCAGGAGCACGCUUACUGUUACGCCUCAGAGGAAACAAACAAAAGGUGUGCUUGCCAAGUCGAUGCUGAACCUGUCUGUUCAUGGGCUUCUAGGUGGAGUAUAAAUCAUCCACAAACAAGCUUAUGAGAAAAAUAGAAGGAAGGAGGCCAAAGAGGGAUGCGAGAGAAAGAAGUCUGCAGAAUCCAAGGGAUUCAGAGAAGGCUGCAGUGGGACUGCCUCUGAGAGGGAGCGUUUACGUCACUAAUUCUUGACGGGUUUACCUUCUGGAGCUCCAACCUUGGACUGCUGCCGGGAUAUUUGUCUUGGACUUGGCCUCUGGGCUGGUUACUAAGGAUUUUCCCUGGAGCGUGACUUUGAAUAUGACACUUCAGUAAUGCAGAGGCUGUAUCCUCCCUGGGCCUACCUUGGAAGCUAGAUCUGCAACCGCCCUUCAGUCAUGGUUGUUUCAAGAUUAAAGGCCAUCUCCCUGUCAUUGCCAAGCCUUUUUCUUCUUGCUUUUCAUCUCUCGGCAUCACAGAAUGUACUUGAAUACUCUGAAGUUGAAUAUCAGCAAUGUGUCAGGAAAGAGCACCCCACAAUUGCUUUUGAAGAUCUGAAGCCCUGGGUGUCGAAUUUCACCUAUCCAGGUGUGCAGGACUUUUCUCAGCUUGCACUGGAUGCCAACAGGAACCAGCUCAUUGUGGGAGCAAGGAACUACCUCUUCAGACUUAGUCUACACAACGUUUCUCUGAUUCAGGCAACAGCAUGGGGUUCAGAUGAAGACACCAGGAGGUCCUGUCAAAGUAAAGGGAAAACAGAGGAAGAGUGCCAGAACUAUGUCCGAGUGCUGAUUGUUUAUGGCAAGAAGGUUUUUACCUGUGGUACCAAUGCCUUUUCACCAGUGUGUUCCAGCCGACAGGUAGGAAAUCUUAGCAAAAUCAUUGACAGAAUUAAUGGGGUGGCUCGGUGCCCGUACGACCCUCGGCAUAACUCGACAGCUGUGAUUACAUCACGAGGAGAACUCUAUGCUGCAACUGUAAUUGAUUUCUCUGGACGGGAUCCUGCUAUUUACCGCAGCCUUGGAAAUGUUCCCCCACUUAGGACAGCACAAUACAACUCCAAAUGGCUCAAUGAGCCUAACUUUAUUGCUGCCUAUGACAUCGGCUUGUUCACCUACUUCUUUUUCCGUGAGAAUGCAGUAGAACAUGACUGUGGGAAAACAGUGUAUUCUCGCGUGGCAAGGGUUUGCAAAAAUGAUAUCGGAGGGAGAUUUUUGCUGGAGGACACGUGGACAACAUUCAUGAAGGCCAGGCUGAACUGCUCCCGUGCUGGUGAAAUCCCUUUCUAUUAUAAUGAAUUGCAAAGCACCUUCUACCUUCCUGAGCAAGAUCUGAUCUAUGGUGUCUUCACUACUAACGUAAACAGCAUAGCUGCCUCAGCAGUGUGUGCCUUCAAUCUGAGUGCCAUUACUCAGGCAUUUAAUGGCCCUUUCCGUUACCAAGAAAACCCAAGAUCAGCCUGGCUGCCAACGUUAAACCCCAUCCCUAAUUUCCAGUGUGGGACGCUGAGUGAUGACAGCCCUAACGAGAACCUGACGGAGAGAGUCCUGCAGGAUGCGCAGCGCUUGUUCCUGAUGAACGACGUCGUGCAGCCGGUGACUGUAGAUCCAUACGUGACCCAGGACAGCAUUCGGUUUUCCAAACUGGUGGUCGAUAUUGUUCAGGGGAAGGAUACUCUCUACCACGUGAUGUAUAUUGGGACAGAGUACGGCACCAUCCUGAAGGCCCUUUCCACCACUAACAGGAGCCUGAGGAGUUGUUAUUUAGAGGAAAUGCAGAUCCUCCCUGAUGGACAACGGGAAGCAAUCAAGAGCCUCCAAAUCCUGCACAGCGACAGGUCGCUCUUUGUGGGCUUAAAUAAUGGAGUGCUAAAAAUUCCUCUGGAGAGAUGCUCCAUGUACAGAACAGAAGGGGAAUGUCUAGGAGCCAGAGAUCCCUAUUGUGGCUGGGAUAGCAAGCAGAAGCGAUGCACCACCAUUGAGGACAGCUCCAACAUGAGCCUGUGGACUCAAAAUAUCACUGAGUGCCCAGUGAAAAACCUGACAACAAAUGGAAGACUGGGGCCUUGGUCCCCAUGGCAACCUUGUGAGCAUUCGGAUGGGGACAGCACAGGCUCCUGUAUGUGUAGGUCACGUUCAUGUGACAGCCCUCGUCCUCGCUGUGGAGGUCGCAGCUGUGAAGGGGCCAGGAUUGAGGUCGCAAAUUGCUCAAGAAACGGCGCUUGGACACCCUGGUCGUCCUGGGCCCCCUGUAGCACCUCCUGCGGGAUUGGCUUCCAGGUCCGCCAGCGAUCCUGCAGCAACCCUGCUCCACGGUACGGUGGCAGGGUCUGCGUUGGACAGAGCAGGGAAGAAAGAUUCUGUAAUGAGAACAGUCCAUGUCCAUUACCAAUUUUUUGGUCUUCAUGGGGUCCUUGGAAUAAAUGUAGUGUGAAUUGUGGUGGAGGGAUUCAUUCAAGGCAGAGGUCCUGUGAAAAUGGAAAUACAUGUCCAGGUUGUGCUGUGGAAUAUAAGACCUGCAACCCAGAGAGCUGCCCAGAGGUGCGCAGGAACACACCCUGGACCCCUUGGAUGCCCGUCAACGUCACCCAGAAUGGUGCCCGCCAGGAGCAGCGCUUCCGCUACACAUGUCGUGCCCAGCUGUCUGAUCCCCAUGAGCUGCAGUUUGGGAGGAAGAAGACCGAGAGUCGAUUCUGCCCCAAUGAUGGCUCAGCAGUGUGUGAUACUGACUCUCUUGUUGAUGACCUCCUCAAGACUGGUAAGACCUCUGCACGGAUUAUCAAUGGGGGCUGGUCCUUUUGGGGAGCCUGGUCUUCCUGUUCCAGGGACUGUGAGUUGGGCUUUAGGACCAGGAAGAGAACAUGUACAAAUCCUGAGCCUAAAAAUGGUGGCUUGCCCUGCGUGGGGUCAGCGAUGGAGUACCAGGACUGCAAUCCACAUCCCUGCCCAGUGAAAGGCUCAUGGUCUUGCUGGACUCCUUGGUCUCACUGCUCAGCAACCUGCGGAGGAGGACACUACCAGCGCACGCGGACUUGCACCAAUCCAGCUCCGUCCAGCGGAGAGGAUAUCUGCAUUGGUCUGCACACUGAGGAGGCCCUUUGCAACACGCACCCCUGUGAAGGUGGCUGGUCAGAGUGGUCGGAGUGGAGCCUGUGUAAUGAAGAAGGCAUCCAGUACCGCAGCCGUUACUGCGAGGUACACAGCCCAGACUCUUCUCAGUGCGUCGGAAACAGCACGCAAUACCAAGAUUGCCUGUAUAAUGAAAUUCCUGUGAUCCUCCCAGCCUCCAGCAUUGAUGAGAGCACAAACUGUGGAGGUUUUAGUCUCAUCCAUCUGAUUGCCACUGGGGUCUCCUGUUUCUUCGGCUCUAGCCUCUUAACAUUUGUGAUUUACGUGUACUGUCAGCGCUGCCAGAGACAGUCCCAGGAGUCGACUGUUAUCCACCCAACCACUCCCAACCACCUCCAUUACAAGGGCAACACAACCCCCAAGAAUGAGAAGUACACUCCUAUGGAGUUCAAGCUUACAGAAGUGACACACUUAAUAUCGGGGGGUCCAAACCUGGAUAUCUACCAAUGGAGAUGGAGAUCAGACACUUAACAAGAACAAUUUGAUCCCAGAUGACAGGACCAACUUCUACCCAUUGCAGCAAACCAAUGUGUACACGACAACCUAUUAUCCAAGUACACUGAAUAAAUAUGACUACAGGCCCGAGGCCUCCCCUGGAAGGACCUUUACCAACAGCUGAUGAUGGACAGCUCCUAAGGACUGGAUCACUUCCUAUAUGAUUUUUUUUUAAUUGAUUUUAUGGACCAAAUACUGGCCCAGCUUCUAGAUGUAAAUAUUGUACAGUAGGGUCUUUUUUUUUUUUUUCCUUUGGUUAAUUGUAUUUCUCGUAGACAGCACAUCUCCUUACAAGGACAAAAAUGAAUAUGGACCAUUCUGCAGAGCUUUUGUGGAUAUUUGGCUGGCGAUGGCUCUUACUACUGCAACUGUUUAUGGCUGGAAGAUCAGCAUUGCUGUCCGAGGCCGACAUUGUCAAGGAGGUGGCUUUGUGCUGGGCUCGGUGGCCACCAUGCAGCAGCAUAUGACACACGGGUGCACUCUGAGCAAGACAAGAGGUGGCCUCCUGGGGCAGGUGUGCCUGUCUGGUGAGGAGCAUCCUUCCUGAGACAGGGUAGCAGUGGUGCACUGGAUGACACGCAGCUCAUGGGACAGGCCAAGCGGGACUCCAUCGUGCCAACAACUUGAAGAAUGUUUUCCUUUUAUUUUUCUUUUCCUUUUUUAAUUUUUCAAAUUUUUUUUAUGUUUCUUAUAAAGAAAAAAAAAAACUUUCUAGGGCAGUGUUCCCUGUAUCUUCAACAGAAUCUUUUUUGUAUUACAGGAAAUACUCUCCACAGCCUUCUUUGGUAAUAUGCAGUUCAGCUGAUGAGAAACAACACACAAACAAAGUGCAUUACCCAAAGAAGCUUUCCAGAAUGUUUCCAGUCUUAAUUAAAAGAAAAUUAUACAGGCAGUGAGACACUGAGAAAAGUAAACGUUGGAAUAACAUCGGAGACAUGAACUUGGAGUGCCUAACAAACAAAGAUGUUUAUAUCACUGGAAAAAAAAGAUGUGAUGAUUGCCACACAAGAGCCAUGGGCUUUUUUUUCUUACUUUCUUGCUCUUUUUUUUUUCCUGAGAGAGUGUUAACUCUUUUUUUUCUAGCUUUGAUCCUGACGGCAACUUUAGAGGCCGUGUUCUUCUUGUGGGAAAUCACCAUGCUUUGGGCUAAGUUUCCUUCUUGUUUUAUUGUUGGUUUUUAGUUCAUUUACUUUCAAAGAAUGAACAAUUCUGACUUUGCAGGGGGAGGGUAUUUUUGUAAGGAAUGUUUGCAUAGUCUGACAUGACCCAGAAAAUCUGCUACACAUUCUUAUAGUGUCUUCCAGUCAGUAUUCUAUGAAAUAGUAACACAGCUAAGUAAUGUGCAUUGUUUGCCAAUAUUUUAAUUUUUCUGAACAAAAAAACCCACCAAACAAAUGCUGCUGCAGCUAUUACAAUUAAUUGGGGCAGUAGCAUUAUUAAACAAUAUAUCCAGCCUUGAAAUGUAAUUUUGUGUAUGUGUGUGACUGUGUCUAUAAGAACUGUAUUAGUUUGAUGCAGAAGCCAUGUUGUCUACAAGCAGAUGUUUGUCUGACAUAACUGUUUGGCAAAAAGGAAACUUAUUGCCGGUGCUUAAUGUACAAUUACAUCCAAUGUGUUAGCAACGUGAACAA